UUGCAGAGUGACAUGGAGAAGAAGAGGAUGAGACAGAAGUGCAUGGAGAACAGGUUGAGGCUGGGUCAAUUUGUGACGCAGAGGCAGGGAGUCUCGUUUGUUGAGAUCUGGGUUGAUGGAUACGCUUUCAACGACCUCAUCAAACAGCAGGAGAGGAUUACUCAGGAGAGGGAGGAGAUUGAAAAACAACGCAAACAACUGAUGAAAAAGAAACCUACAAACAACAACAAUGUUGCCAAUUCCAAUAAAUUCAACAAAUCCAACAAAGAUAGUGGGGACUGCUUCCUUAAGCCAAAUGACAAAACGCUAACAGCUCUAGAGUACCAUGAGCAAGAAGAGAUAAUGAAACUGAGGCAAGCGUCGUUGAAAAAGGAAGACCUCGAUGUUCAGUUGGAACUUGAGAAGCUGGAAUUGGAGAGGAACCUGCAUAUCAGGGAGAUGAAGAGGAUUCACAGUGAGGAUUCAUCCAGGUUCAACAACCAUCCAAUAUUAAAUGAGAGGUACCUCCUGCUCAAUCUGCUGGGCAGGGGUGGUUUCAGUGAGGUUCACAGGGGUUACGACCUCAUAGACCAGAGGUACACAGCAUGCAAGAUACAUCAGUUGAGCAAGGAUUGGAAGGAUGAUAAGAAAGCUAAUUACAUCAAGCAUGCCUUGCGAGAGUACAACAUCCACAAGCAGCUGGAGCACCCACGUAUCGUCCGAUUGUUUGAUGUCUUCGAAAUUGAUAACAACUCCUUCUGCACUGUGUUGGAGUACUGCGAGGGCAACGACCUUGACUUUCAUCUGAAGCAGAACAAAUUCAUCUCAGAGAAGGAAUGCAGGUCGAUCAUCGUUCAGACGGUGAAUGCACUGAAGUACCUGAACGAAAUCAAACCGCCGAUCAUUCACUACGACUUGAAACCGGGCAACGUUCUCUUGGGCAGUGGCUCGUUCAGUGGCGAGAUUAAGAUUACAGAUUUUGGGCUAAGCAAGAUAAUGGAUGAUGACAGUUACAGCCCUGAUCAGGGAAUGGACCUCACUUCCCAGGGGGCUGGCACUUAUUGGUACCUGCCUCCGGAAUGUUUCGUGGUCGGUAAGGAUCCACCGAAGAUUUCGUCAAAGGUGGACGUCUGGUCAGUUGGCAUCAUAUUCUAUCAGUGCCUCUAUGGCAAGAAGCCAUUUGGACACAACCUCUCGCAAGCUGCCAUCCUGGAAGAGAACACCAUCCUGAAGGCCACUGAAGUACAAUUUCCUGCUAAGCCAUUCGUCAGCAGUGAAGCUAAGAAUUUCAUACGGCGCUGUCUGACGUACCACAAAGAAUUGAGACCUGAUGUUUUAACAUUAGCACAAGAUGAUUAUCUCAAGCCAGCUGUUCUUAAGUCAAGGUUGUUGCUUGUCAUCACUUUGUUCAACACAUUGCUAUCGUCCUAUUCAUCAUCGCCAUCCUUCUAUUCGUCAUCAGCUGCAUCAUUUGAAGUUUAA